AUGACAAGUUCAGAGAUUGAGGACCGCAUGGUUCAUGUCAUCGAUGGGGGAUGGGGCGAGCUGCCCACAGAACUGCUGGAUGCCAUGAAGUCGGCCAUUGAAGCCAGCUGCUGGGACUGGGACUCCUCUCCUCUGCUCAAGAGCGCCCGGCUCGUGAACCGCCACUGGCGUGACUGGGCCACACAAGCCACCACCUCCCUUCGCCCCCACUGUCAUCAAGCCGACCAUGCCUCUGUGCACCGCAUGCUGGAGGCACUUGCGACGGCUUUCCCCAAUGUGCAAGACCUCUAUCUGCCUGCGGACCUGCGUAUAACCAACUCGCACAUUUCUGCCUUGGCUGGGCUGCCAAAAUUACGCCGCCUGGAACUGAAAUACGGCAUGUUGAUUACCAAGACUGGCGUGGACUUGCUGGGCAAGUGCACGGGCUUGGCGGCGCUCAAGAUGUGUAUGUGCCACAGGUUGUCUGAGGGGGAGCUCUGGCAUUUGGCAGCACUGACAGGGCUAAGGGAGCUCUCCUUGCGAAAGUUCCCCAUUGCAGCAGGAGUUUUGGGUUUUUUGGGAACCAUGACGUCCCUCACAGUCCUGGAUCUGAAAAGGACGCACAUAACGGACAGGCAGGUGGGCUGGCUGACUUGCCUGCAGUCCCUCAGGUUCUUGAACCUCAGCGGCAAUUCCAGGGUCACGGAUCUUGGUGUGAGAAGCUUGUCGGCCCUGUCAGCCCUGGAAGGCCUGGACCUGUCCGACAAUGAGCGAGUGACGGCCAUCGGCCUGAGGACCCUGAUGGGGCUGCCGGCAUUGACAGCCUUGAGCUUGGAGUCCUGCAACGCAGUCACCAAUGACGCCUUGACAUCCCUGGUGCAAUGCCAAUCCAUCACAAGCCUCAACCUUGCAAACAUGCUCAGAGUGUCCCGUCGCGGUGCCAGCGUGCUGAGCAAGCUGACAUCCCUGGUGGACCUACAGCUGGGCGCGGCCAAGUGGGCGACCCAUGCACGGAAUGUGUCAGGCACUUGCUGGAUCAGUUGGCUGCGAGGUGUCGGCUUGUGUGGUGCCCAUCUGCCCCUCUCCUGCCUCGCCCUUUGGGACUGCACCGGGAUCUCUGACUCAAUGGUGGGUAGAUUGGCAUUCCUGACAUCGCUCAAGACUCUCAAGAUGUGGAAUUGCCAGGGCAUCAAGGACGCCGGCGUGGUGAGAUUGGCAUCCCUGACGGGGCUUGUAGAAUUGUGGCUUGCUGGGGCAGACGUCACAGACUUCGGGCUGGGCAGCUUGGCCAUGGCGAGGUCCCUCACAUGGCUGAGGCUGGUUUGCUGCCCGAGGAUCACGAGGGAGGGGGUGGGGGCACUAGCGGCGAUGCCGAGGAUGCAGAGGCUGGCAGUGGAGGGAUGUGGGCUUUUUGGGGGAGAGGGGGCAAGGAAGGCGACGGGGUGGGACACGAGGGCCCCGCCUGGGUGGCACAAGGCAUCGCAGUGGCGCUGGUUUCUGGAUUGA